GUGUAUGUACGCGUAUAAAUAGAUACUGCAGCUAAACCAUCCCCAUUCCGCCACUCCUCCGCCCACGCCGGCGCCGAGACGCAGCCGCAGCCACCGCCACCGCCUGCCUCCCUGUCUCCGCUAUCCGCGCACGCCGCCGCAUGGCCGCCUCCUACUUCAACCACUCCUCCUCGUCCUACCCUCCGCCGCCGCCGGGCACCUCCCCGUACGGCGCGUACCGCCACGCCGCCUACCCGCCGCCGCCGCCGCCGCCGCCGCCGCAGCCCUCCGCCUACGGCGCCUACUACGACCGCGCGCAGCCGCGCGACGAGCUCCGCACCCUCUUCGUCGCCGGUCUCCCCGGCGACGCCAAGCCGCGCGAGGUGUACAACCUCUUCCGCGACUUCCCCGGAUACGUCUCGUCGCACCUCCGAUCCAGCAAAUCCUCUCAGGCGUAUGCGUUUGCUGUAUUUGCAGAUCAACCGUCUGCGUUAGCUGCCUUGAGUGCCACAAAUGGAAUGAUAUUUGACCUUGAGAAGAACUGUACUCUCCAUGUAGAUCUUGCAAAAUCCAAUUCCAGAUCAAAGCGUUUGAGAUCAGAUGAUGCUUUACCUUAUUCUUCUGAGGAAAAAACUAGAAAACCAAGGGGAUUUUCAGAUUCAGGUGCUGGAAGAAAUAUUCACAUGUCUGGAAUGGGUAAUUCUUCACACAGCUUGAAUGGUUAUCCUUCUGCACAAAGUUACACAAACCUUGAGUCUAGUACUACUCUCAGCAAGGUGAGUUAUGUUCUUGCGCCUUGCCUCUUGGACCCAUCAACAUUUGCCCCUCAGAAUAACCCUCCGUGCCCUACACUCUUUGUUGCAAACCUUGGUCCAACUUGCUCAGAGCAAGAGCUAAUAGAUGUUUUCUUGAGUUGUGGAGGAUUUGUGAAGCUGAAGAUGCAAAACAAGCCUGGAGCUCCAGUUGCAUUUGUUGAUUUCAAGGAUGUGAACAGUUCAACUGAAGCCCUAAAUCGUCUCCAAGGAGUUAUCCUAUAUUCAUCACCUGGCGAGGGAAUUCGUUUAGAAUAUGCCAAAUCACGGAUGGGCCUCCGUAAGCAUGAUAAGCGCCCCUAAAUACAGCUGGAGGAUGAGGCAGCUGUUGUUUUUCAUACAGUAGAAGAGUAGAAGUGGCAGCCAAGCAUGAUUAAUGAUUUAUGACUGGUCGUUCUGAUGCUAUCUAGUCCGAAGACAUUUAUGCAGCGAAUGUCUUGCUCAUGAUGCUAGGUUGUGCAGGUCUGUCAGAUGCAUGACAAUAUGACAUGAUGUAACAGGGUUUGGUUGAAUCCCUUAUUAUCGUCUGCACGUAUCACUUGUUUUUCCAGAUCCUGUUUCUGUGUCUUCUACAAAAAUUAAGUUAGAUUGUUCUCUAUUUAAAGCUGAAUUCAGAAAGCUUGUGCUUAAGAUAGUUGUAAGAAAUCAAUUGUGCAGCAGAGAAUUUGCUGUACUUGUUGGUGGAUAUCAGAGUAAGAUCCAAUUAGGGUAUCAUUUAGAAAGGUUAAUGAAUGUACUGGUGAUUGGUGAAUGGUGUGUGUCUGGUGUUUGUAAUUACUGUGCCUGAUAUGAAAAACAGAUAUUAGAUGGUAGGUUUGGUCGCAGGUUCUCUGUAUGUGAUCUGUAUUUUAUCUUUUCAUGCUAAAUACCUUUGAGAUACUGGAGUUUGUUAUUGAAGGUACUAAUAAGAGCAGAAAGAUUGUAAUAUUAUCUUAACUGCAGCCUUCACGCUUCAAGAAUAUACUUGAGGGAAA